UGUGUUUGCUAGUUUCUCCGGUGGGCGCUGUUUUAAGAACAUUAUCCAGCUGCGCUGCUGCUGCCGUCAUACUCGUAGCUCUUUUAUGUAACUUAAUCCUUCUAAACAUUGAUGCUUUCGGUUUGUUUUUAACAAAAAACGAGCUUCUGAAUCGAAGGAGAGUGUCUCGAUGGAGGGAGAUGAUGGCGACUUCCCCCCUGAGCCAUCAGAACAUUCCCUUUCCCAGCGAGGAAGUGUGGCUUCCUCAGUCACCAGAGCUCAGGAUUUGUUGGUGUACUUGGCUAAUGACAGUGCAGUGCACUUGACUCUGGAGGGUCUCGGUUGCAUGAAUGCGCAGGAGCUCGGCCGCAGUGUUAGGGAGGCCCUCAACAUUCCCAACUCCGCUGCUGAUGUGUUCGCUUUCUGGUUCUGCUCUCCUUUGCUUGAGCUGCAGUUGAAGCCGAAACAUCUGCCUUACAAGCUGUGUCGUCAGUGGCAGGACCUGCUGUACCGCUUUACCGAGGCCCCUACAGAAGACAUUUCUUUAGAUGAGCCAAGUCUGCUAUUCAAACGAAGUGUUUUUUAUCCACGGGCAAAAGAACUUCAGAUUGAAGAUGAAGGAGUGUUGAGACUGCUUUAUGAUGAAGCAAAGAUGAACAUCUUGGAGGGUCGGUACCCAUGUGACCCAGAACACUGGCUGACACUGGGUGCAUUGUCCUGUGCCAUAGAGUUAGGGACUGAACUAGACGACCAGGCUCUCACAGCAGCAAUCAGAGAGAAGAAGCUGUCCUCAUUCCUUCCAGCCCAUGCGGCUCUAGGAGGAGGAGGUUUUCUGUCCACACUUCGGGGGAGAGGCGGGAGGAAUGCAGAGAUGGAGCAAAACCUUGUAAAGGAGUGUCGUUCAGUCUGCUCCUCUGCUGCUAGCGGCUCCAGCCAGGAGCCCAUCGCUCUGCUGCGCCAGUACCUCAGGAGCUGCCACAACCUGCCUUACUAUGGAUGUGCUUUUUUCGCGGGUGAGAUCGAUAAGCCAGCUCAGGGCCUCCUUCACAGAGGUGGGCGUAAGGCUGUGAGUGUGGGCAUCAGUCUGGAAGGAGUGUAUGUCAUGGAUGUGAAAGAGAAGCAUGUCCUUUUGGGGCUGAAGUUCACUGAGCUUUCCUGGGAUCACAGCUAUCCAGAGACAGAGGGAGACUCGCAUAUUCUCUGGCUGGAGUUUGAUGGGGAGGAAGCUGGCACCCCUGUCAAUAAGUUAUUAAAGAUUUACUCAAAGCAGGCUGAACUUAUGAGUGGUCUUAUCGAGUUUUGUGUGGAGUUACGCUCUGUUAGUGAGUCAGCAGCCACAGGUACAGACGGUGAGGUCACGCCUUCCCAUGAACCUACGAGUCCAGAAACCAACAACAAAACCAGAGAGCGACGGCAGGGGAAACUGCGCAGACAGAACAGUGUGGUCUGUAGCCGAGUCCAUUCCCUGAGCACCAUCAACUAUGUUGAUGACGGCAAAGAAAUCAAACGUUUGAAACCCAAAAGAGCAGCUUCUUUCUUUACAAGGCAAGCGCAGCCUCCCACUUACUCUGCUGUUCAGGUGACUGAAAGUUUAGAGCAAGGGUGAACCCAGGCCUCAACACUGCCCUCUUCUGCCCGGUGACCAAAACUACAUCUGUCCAUUGAGAUUCUCAGAGACGCAGUCAAACCAUCUGAAUGGACAGAUCGGACCAAGAUCACAGACCGAAGAGCUGAACCACUAUUUAUAGAUGAUUUGUGCAUGAUGUCGCAGGUUUAAGUUAAAGCUUUUUCUCUGUUGGCUGUUAAAAAAUAAGAAUGUGAAAUUAACUUUUCUUUUCCGUCAAACAUUUUGGUGUAAGAGCAAGGCUAAGGGAAGCGAUCUGAAAGCUCUGGGUCGGUCACUGUUCUGAAUGUAGAUUCUACUAUGCAACCAUCAAACCAAACUACAUCCCAGUGGCUGUACAUCAAUAAUUCCUCACUUUGAUCCACUAAUACUGCGAAAACCAGACCUGCUGCACCAAAGGAAACAAUCAAAGCCUUUAGUAUAGGUUGUAAAACUCCUAUAUGCAAAACCAGCGCUGCAGUUUGUGGUAAAGCAUUGCAAUGACAGCAUAAAGUGAGAUUCUGAAUGUGUGAAGUUCUUUUCUCUCCAUGUUUGCAUAUGCAGACUUCAGACUUCUACUGAGCAGCAGGACAGAUGUGAGUUCUGUUAAAUCAUGGCGAUAGGUUGAGAUUGUUCACUAGCUUGUUGCUCAGGAGAAUCAAGCCUUUCUGAUGGAGUGCACUGCAAUGUACUGCAGAAAACAAUCCAGGUGAUUUAUUAGCAUAAUCUGCAUUUGUAAAGCAGAGAGAAUGUUAAUACAUGAAAUUACGAGAUGAUUGGAGGCUUGAUCAAUCAAUGACAAUGUACGUCUGCUUUUCAAUUUCCUGAUGCUUUUCAAAUGUAUGAAACUCUAGGCAUACUGUAUUUUCUUGUCUUUAAGAAUUUGAAUGUACUGAAUCUCUGAAUAUUUUUUUUUAGAAAAGUAAUGGUAACACAGGGCACAGCUUUAAAGAAUAGUUCACCCAAAAACAAAAAAGAUAUUUUGAAGAAUGCUGGUUGCUGACACGUAUCGACCUCUAUGGAAUAAAUGACUUAGUCAAUGGAUGCUUGAAACCAGCAUUUAUCACAAUAUCUUGUGUGUUAAACAGAAAAACAACUUAAGUAAAAUUAAUUCUGAUUUUAUAACUUGGAUUUGCGUCUGUAUAACUCACUCAUUGUGACUUUAUAACUCAGAAUUCUGAAUUUAUGACUCGGAAUUGUGACUUUAUAACUCUGAAUUCUUGCUUUAUAACUCAGAAUUGCGUCUAUAACUCAGAAAUCUGACUUUAUAACUCAGAAUUGCGUCUAUAACUCAGAAAUCUGACUUUAUAACUCAGAAUUGCGUCUAUAACUCAGAAAUCUGACUUUAUAACUCAGAAUUGCAACUUUAUAUCUCGGAAUUUUAGCUUUAUAACUCAAAAUUCUGUCUUUAUAACUUGGAAUUCGGACUUUAUAACUCGGAAUUGCAGCUGUAUCACACGGAAUUCUGACUUUAUAACUCAGAAUUUUUGUCUUUAUAACUCAGAAUUCUUACUUUAUAACUAGGAAUUCUGACUUGAUAACUCUGAAUUUUGACUUUAUAACUCGAAAUUCUGACACUAUAACUCAGAAAUCUAACUUUAUAACUCAGAAUUGCGGUUGUAUAACUCGAAAUUCUGUCUUUAAAACUCAGAAUUCUGACUUUAUAACUCGGAAUUGCAACUGUAACUCAGAAAUCUGACUUUAUAACUCGGGAAUUCUGACCAACUCGGAAUUGCGACUAUAACUUGGAAUUCUCUUUAUAACUCGGAAUUCUGACUUUAUAACUUGAAAUUGUGACUAAUUCAGAAUGCUGUUUUUAUAACUUGGAAUAGUGACUAUAUAAAUCGGAAUUCUGACUUUUAUAACUCAGAAUUCUGUUUUUAUAACUUAGAAUUGCUACUUUACAACUCAGAAUAAAGUCACAUUUCUGAGUUAUAAAGUCAGAAUUUAGGUUUAAUGAUGAACUAUCUCUUAAACUUCUGAUCAGGACAAAACAUCUUGUUGUUUGAUCUGGUAACGGAAGCGGCAUGCUAAUUAUCGGGCGUCAUCUGAUCACCAGCCUCCAGUUACCUACCCUGUGUCAUUAUUACCAAGCAGUUCAUGGUUCUGAUAGUCUGAAUUGUGUGUAAUUACUACAUUGUUGAAAUUACGCAUUCUGUUUUGGUAUUAAUGUCAAUGUGCUGCUUAUUUACAGAUGAACUAAAUGUUCAUGUAUCUGUAAAAGCUUAAUGUCAAGUCCUGUUGCCAGGUCUUUACUUACCACAUCUCUGUAUAUUUAUCCAUGCAUGACGCAUCUGUUGUCUUAAAUUGAUUUUGUGGUUUGCAUGUUUUUGUACAUGUUUCUUUAUCCAUUUAUACACUUGUAAGAAGAAAACUUUAACCUUUUGCAUCACGUGCUGAACUGUGAAAGAAAAACGGACAGCUGCAUGGUGUAAAAUGAACAGUACACUCUGAAUCGUCACCCUGCAUUUCUGUAUUCAUCAUUUAUACUAGAAUGCUUAAUCCCAGAUCAUCUGUGCUAUUGUAAAGUCAUUUUUUCCUCUCUAAAUUGAAUGCAAUGUUUAUAUUGUAGUCUGAACAUCUGUCAUGCACUUAUGCACAUACUAACAGAGCUGUAGAUAGUCACGUCUGUGUUUUGGAAAUACAAAGUUGUCAGUACUAAUUUAAAGUGCCUUUUUUAACAUUUAAUCUGUUUAUGAUGUUUUGCUGUCAUCUGUCUUUUGAAGUUGUAUUUCCACUAUCUUUUGUUGUUUGUGAUGUUUUCUAUACCAAUUUCACUACCAAACUUUUGUGACUGUAAAAUUAAAGGAAUCCAUUUAUAUGCAGCAUUAAACUUUUUAUUCCUGCUUUGUACUAACCGGCAUAACUAUCAGUGAAUCAUUUUCUGUAUAAUGUAUUUUGUAAUGAUGUUUUAUUUAAUCUUUACCUGCAACAAGGUCUUUGAUGUGUUGAAUCUUGAGGAGAAAAAUGAUGAAAAUAAAUUUAAUGACUAAAUAUUG